AUGAGUUAGUGGGUUUUAGAAUUUUAACUGUUAAGAAAACCGAACAGGGAGGUUUAACUCAACCGAAGAAGCGAAUACAAACUCCAACCGGCCAUAGACUGCCAAAAACACGACAAUAAACCCGCACCUUUCGAUGAGAAAAACUGCUUUGAAGUUCGGAAGUUCACGACGACGUAAAGCAGGUGCUUCUCAAGUCGUCGACGACAAGACGACUACGGCAUUCUUGUUGGCGCUUGCGCAGUGACGUUCACGCUACUUCCGAUCGUCGUCCUCCGUUCGUCGUCGUGGUUGCUUAAGCUCCCUAUUUAAACUUAGAGAAUAUCUUCGCCGCCACCGUUUUAUCGUCAUGAAGAUUUAUGAUUUUUGUGGAAAGUUUUAAACUAAUCUAAUCGAGAAAAUCAGGAUUGGCGGCCAAUCUGAAAUCUGAUUCCUUGUCCAUCUGCAGUUGUGAGCGAGGGCGCCAUAACAGUCCACCAGUGCUUGCGCAGGAACAAGUCGACGGCAACUUCAUGUUGCUGUUUAGUACUGAAGACCUUUCAUCGGUGGACUUACCUGUUAUUCGGUUGUGCGCAUGGCUGAUUUUCCGGUGCGGGCGGUUGAAUCCCAGGAAGAUCUUCCUUUUAAAUGGCUUCGCGAGGGUCAUUAUGAUAUGGCAAUUCUCAGCUUUAAUUACUGGAUCUUGCACGAAAAACGCACAUCGACUGAUCCUGUGGAAGAAAGACUUGGUAACUUUUACAGAGGAUUAGCAGAAGCAUAUUGGCACGUGCACCGACCUGACUGGGCUUUGGAUCAGAUAAAACGAUGCAUAAGAGAGAACUGCCAUGAAUUUUCUGAGGAACACGUGAAGCAUUGGACGACGCUUGCUGAUAAACAAGCCGAGAUUCCCGUGUCUAAGCUCAAAGGCUACGAGAUAGCAAUCCUUUUCGUUCCUCCUCUUGACUUAUUGAAAAAGAGUCAUCUGCUGACAACAAUGUUGCUGCUAUGCUGUGAAUUUGGGUCCUCCUUCCAAACCAAGGCUAGUUCGCUUAUGGCCACAGCAUCCCAGAUCACUUGUGAAUCAGAGCGGUUUCCUCUUAAAAAGGACCUCGUAAAAAUCUGGUUGGAUUGUGGAGAAAAGAUUCUACCAUCCAGAGACUUUUUCAAGAUAUCUUUUGAGUGCUUUACUCUAGCAGAAAGAUUUUUGCAAAGUGAUGAGGACAAGGUAAAAGCCCGGCUCUGCUUUCUCAGAGCAAAGACCAUUUUAUCUAGUGGUGAAUCGAGUCAGUAUGCCCAAGCAACGGAGGAUGCCUGGACGUAUGUUACUCUCAACCCUUCCAAAAUGAAGGGCUACUCACUAUUAUGGAAAUGCUGCCUUCGAAGCCGGGAUUACGAAGGAGCACGUGUGAAUUUUGUAAAAGCACAGGAACUUAUGAAAGACCGACAACAGGAUAAAUAUCAAGAUUUUUACAAGUUUUUUACAUCAGCUGUAUCACAGAAAGCAUUUGAAGUCUUCCAAGUGGAAUGCCCUGUGGAUGGCUGUUUAGUUGAAAGACUUAUUAGCGAGUGUGUUGCCAAAAGAGCCAUUGAGUACUUGGCAUUUCUCUUCCUUGAAAGCUGUUGGGCCACCGCAUGCGAUGCAUCUUGUGUUCCACUAGACAUUGUAUUGGAAUCUGAGAUAGAAAACCGAGAUAAAUUAGUUAAAACCCUCCUGAAACAGAAUGCAAGUCCAAAUGGUCUCCCUAACAGAAGUAAAUCCCCGCUUUCAAUCUGCAUAAAGAAGGACUGUUUGGACUUGGCACUGAUUCUUUUGAAUGAUGGAGCUGAUGAAAAAGAAUUGGUGGAAAGAGAUGGAGAAACUGCAUUACAUGCUUCCUUGCGAAUCGCCUUGAAUUCGAAAAAAGGUAACUUGGAAAUCUUUCAGUUCUUUCUCGACUGCAAAAGAUCUGAACUCGUCGAUGAACAGGAUAAGGAUGGGAACACUCUUCUACAUUUCCUAUGUCAAGGAAAGAUGAAUUCUAAGAAACGGGAGGCCAUGAAUCUUGUUCUUAGAGCAGGAGCAAAUGCGUCAAUCGUAAACAACGAAAAGGAAAGGCCCAUCGACCUUCUCUCCAAACAGAGAUUGCUCAAUGAUGAAAGACUAACUUUGCUGUCGUCUGCUUCGGAAUACUUUGAAAGCUCGUCAUCACGUGAGACGAACAGUCCAGAGCAAGAAAGUAAAAACGAAGGCAACGAGGAAGAGGAAGAGAGACAUUUAACAGAACGAUCGAAGAAUAAACCGCGAAAGAGGAAAACUGAAGAAAAAGCAAAUUCUAAGCAAUCUUUGCCUUCCACAAAAUCCAUCGUUGAUAUCCAGACGGAAUCCUUGUUGACUGUUCGUUCAGGUAUAGAGUCUUUAAUACAAAAGUUGGAUAUCCGUGAUUGGAUCAAGGAAACAAUUCCCCGAAAUGAAUCCAGAGAAGUGUCCAAGAGGAGCGUAAACCCAAAGAGCGAGAGUAGUCAAACUCUGAGCGAUGGAGUCAUGCAGUUAAAACUCACGAGUGAUGAUGGAGGAUUAGUUCAAGAAGAUGAUCUAGGAGACGAAGAACAAUGUUCUAGUAUUCCUUAUAAACCAGAAGAUUGUAUGGAGGGAGCUUUGGAGGGACUGCCAUGGGAGGUGGAGUUCACUGCAGAAGUACUGAAAGUAUUAGAAAGCAAACGUCUGGAGCCAUGGAAGAAGCAACUCUUUUUUCAGAAAGUAAGAACUCUGGCUCUAGGCCGGCACAACUGGUCCAAGGAACUCUGUAAAAUUCUGAAGGGUGUGCCAAAGAAUUGUGGUAUCCAUCUUUAUGAGGCGAGAUUAACAAAAGCUGCAAGAAUCAUCUGGGAAUGUGCUGUUGCUUUCUCUCCUCAAUAUUCCGACGAGGGCGCGAAAGAAAAAAUCACGAUCUAUUCGGAGGUUAUCCGAAUAUGGGAUAUCGUGUUCGAUCACGACAACGUCUCGCGCACUAAAGAAAAUAUUGUUAAAUCAUUUAUCCGAGGACAGGAAGGUAUCCUGAGGAAGGAACUUAAACGACUUCCCAGGAGACAGGCGUCACUAGACCCAGGCCCGAAUCUUUACUGCAAGCGUUCACGAGACCUUUCAUCUAGUUUACCUGCAGUACCUGCGGUACCAGAAGAGAACGUGCCCUGUUACGAAACAGAUGAAGACCAAGUGACUUUUUUCCCCCCUGUUAGUCAUCACGACAACGAGUACCAAGUACUGAAAUUUUACCACCUGUCUGCGGCAAUGAUUCAGACAAUACUGAAACGGCAAUCAAGUAAUGUCGUCCUUGACUUUCCAUUUAGAGUAACAGAAGAAGAGCAUGCCAUCAUAAACUUUGAACCUUCCCCCCAGAGUUCAAUCAUCUUGAUUGGACGCAGUGGUACGGGAAAAACGACCUGUAUUCUUUAUCGCUUGUGGAGAGAUUUUGAAAGCUAUUGGAGGAACGCUGUGAAAAGUGGACCACUAAUGCCUAAGAAGAUUGGGUCUCUUCCCAAAGACCAGGCGGACUCCGACUCUCAUAAAGUAAAUGCACCGAUUAGCGAACAGCUUGACGAGGAGAAGAAUGGCUGUAGCAGAGAAGUAACUGCCAGGGAUACCGACGGGGAAGCAUCUUUUCUAGCAACAUCUCCCGAAUCUGAAGAGUCCUUAGAACAUUUCCAACAGCUGUUUGUAACCAAAAAUGGAGUUCUGUGUCAACAAAUCUCAAAGAAUUUCAUGGCUUUGAGUCAGGCGUCUUCUUUUGUGGAAUAUGCAACUAAGUAAAGGGAAAUGAAACCAGUGA